CUCCUUUUGGUGGUGAUUGGCCUGGUGCUCCAGCCUAGUCUGAAGUAUGUUGAGAGGAAAAGAUGGCUGAAGUUCUCCGUCAGUGCUGAUCUCCCGGAUCUUAAUUAUUCUACUCAUGGCAGUGCUGAUACCUUAAUGCAAUGAUAAUGGAGUAGUAAAUAGUUAAUAACUUAAGGGUUUUUCUAUUAUGCGUCAGACAAGAUAAGAUAAAAAACUCUUCAUGGAUGUGGCUUUGGUGCCCUAAACUCCCACGGCUUCAUGGCAAAGAAUGUCUAAUGGAGGUGUAACCAAAACCAAGCACAAAGAAGCUGAAAAAUGGCAGGUCCUGAGGCAAGCCCGCGUGUUCUGCUCUUCCCGACCCCCCCUGUAGCCGAACAAAAAGAAAAGAACCAAGCCGCCGACACCAGCCUUGAGAAACCGGUAAGAAGCUUGGUAUUUUCCCCUUCUUUUCUUGUUCUAGAACACACAAAGAACCCAGAAAUCCUUUCCCCCUCUCUGCAGCAUCCGGAUCUGCUCUGCUCUUCCUCCCCUGUCCGCCGGCUGCCAUGUGGGUGUGUGAUUUCUGGGCAUUUUUCCGUCCGUGAGUUCCCCUGCAGCUUGCCGCCGGCUUCUUCUUCUCCCUGCAGCUCCGGUUUUAGCUGGAGAAUUCUGGUUCUUGAUCUUUGGGGUGCUUUAGUACGUGAAUUGAGUGCUCGGUUUUGUGCGAGUGAGGUAAGUAAAUUUAUGGUAAUGCUCAUAUAGUUUUUAAAAGCAUGUUUUGACUUGUUUUUGAAGUGGUGGCGGGACUAAACCUGUUUUACAUGAGCAUGACUGAUUUGAAGUGAAAUUUUAUGCUUUUUAUUAAAUUGAGCAUGCCUACUUGAAAUUUAAUUGAUUGUCCUGAUGAUUUGAAAGUGAUUGGUGAAUUAUGAUUUUUCUAUUAACUUCUGCCUGUUUUGUCUCCGAUGUUGUCAUGUUAUUAGUGACCCUGCUAGUGAGGAUUAUACGCUAGCACAUGUCGACAUGUUAGUGAUAGAGCCGGUUGUUCAAGUGACCCUGCUAAUGGGGAUUAUACACUAGCAAAUCGUGUGCCUGCCAGUGGGAGGUUUAUAACACUGGCCGUGACCUAUAGAGGAGACGUCUAUUUCGUUCCCGUACUAUAUCCGUUUUUCGUGAUUAUACUUGUUGGCAUGCUAUGAGUUUAAUAAGGGCACUCCAUAUUUUGCUUACUGAGUUUAUUUCAUAGUUUUUCCUUGUCCACCAUUUCAGGAAGUGAAACCGAGGACGGGGAAACCAUGGGAAGGGAAGAGUUAGAAGGCUAGCCACUUGUAAAUUGAUAUAGAUUUUAGAAAUAAGUUAUGAUCUUGUAAGCUAGAGUGUACUUGGAGAUUUUAUGAUAUUAGAGAAAUUUUAAAGAUUUGAUAUGGAGAUUUUGGUGGUAUCAGAUUGUGAUAUGAUAACUUUCGAGCCUUGUGCAUUUGUGGGACCCGUCUCGCGAGUGCACGGUGUCUGCCACGUCCCCGGAUUUGGGUUUUGGGGCGUGACAAAGGAGGAGUGUUGGAGAAGCUGUGAUGUUGGUAUCACAAAACAGCAAAAUGGUGCAGCAAGAAGCUGCAUUCAUGGUGCAACAAUGGAAGAAAG